GAAAUCGUGAAGUUGGGACUUCCAGCCGAGAUACGUUUUUUUUUUUUGCCGUUGCUGAGUGAGCAGCCAGCAAGAAGUUUACACUUUCUCUGAGGAAUAAAUAGUACUUUUAUGUUUUUUUGUUUUGUUUUUUGGGGGGGAUGAAAAGGAAUUGAACAUAUGACUUUUCGUAUGUCAAACCUAUAUGGAGUAAUUGGAAAUGGACCAGAGGCCAGAUUUGGAAGCAACACUUCUGCAGCUUUAGAGAAGCAAGUUAUCACAACUUGAAGUACUCCUCUCGAAUGAUAGUGACGUCUAUUUGCACAAGCUAACUAGCUAGCUAAAUGUAAAGUAGCUAGGUGUCCAGCCAAUUAGCUAGCUGCUAUGGAUAUCUUUCCAAGACCUAGUGGAGAAAUUCAAAGAAAAAACCCACAGCAGGAUUUCGAGCUUAUUCAACGAGUUGGGAGCGGCACAUAUGGAGAUGUGUACAAGGCUCGAAACAUCCAAACGGGAGAGCUUGCUGCUGUCAAGAUUAUUAAACUGGAGCCAGGGGAUGACUUUUCCAUCAUCCAGCAGGAGAUCUUCAUGGUGAAGGAAUGCAUGCACCACAACAUAGUGGCCUACUUCGGGAGCUACCUCUGCCGGGAGAAGCUGUGGAUCUGUAUGGAGUACUGUGGUGGAGGAUCUCUACAGGACAUAUAUCACGUGACGGGGCCUCUGUCAGAGCCACAGAUCGCCUACGUCUGCCGAGAGACCAUACAGGGUUUGGGAUACCUUCACAGCAAGGGGAAGAUGCACCGUGACAUCAAGGGUGCUAAUAUCCUCUUAACAGACAACGGGGAUGUGAAACUAGCUGAUUUUGGAGUAGCAGCCAAAAUAACAGCCACUAUUGCCAAGAGGAAGUCCUUCAUCGGGACUCCUUACUGGAUGGCCCCGGAGGUAGCAGCAGUAGAGAAGAAUGGAGGUUACAACCAGCUGUGUGACAUCUGGGCCGUGGGCAUCACCUCCAUAGAACUGGCCGAGCUGCAGCCCCCUAUGUUUGACCUGCACCCAAUGAGGGCCUUGUUUCUCAUGUCAAAGAGCAGCUUUCAGCCUCCCAAGUUGAAAGAUAAAAUUAAGUGGUCCACAGCCUUCCAUAACUUUGUGAAAGUCUCUCUGACCAAGAACCCAAAGAAGAGACCGACAGCAGAGAAGCUCCUAUCGCAUUUGUUUAUAGAUCAGACAGGGCUGACCAGGAGAGUAGCUGUGGAGCUGCUGGACAAGAUGAACAACCCAGACAACCACCAACACUUCUCUGAGGUGGACGACGAUGACCUGGAGUCUCUUUCAGUGGUGAGACACACCAUCCGUUCCAUCAACAAACACCCCAGACCAGAGAGAACUCACUCAGAGAUCAGCUUUGAUCAAGUGAAGUUUGAACCUCCACUGAGGAAGGAAACGGAGGCUCACACUGAAAUGGAUGUGACUAAACAGAGCGACUUCCCCUCCCCCUGGAGCCCAUUCGCAGAGGGAGGCAUCACGACCAGGAGCCUUCUGAAAAGCGUUGAGGACGAGUUGUUCCAACGGGGACAUAUGGCCCAUCUGGAGGACGCCUUUGAAGACGUGGAGCUGUCGACCCUGAAGCAUGGAAUCCCACCACCUCUACCACCAAAGCCUCAACUGAACAGUUUGUCAGAUGAGCUAGGUCUGACUGAUGAGCGGUGUCUGACGGUGAGGAGGUUCCCGGGCUCCGAGAGCAGCCCAGGCCUGGGCCCCCGGAGACUGAGCACCCCAGAGCAGGGCAACAAGGUGGAGCACCCCUCUCCUGACUACCUGUCAGCCAGCGUUAGUAGUCCUGGUAUACUGUCCACAGCCUCGGACCCUGAACUUGAAGACUCUGAUGGAGGUGUGAAUGGGGACAGUCCCAAGACUCCUCCCAGCCGACCACAGAGGAAGGAGAAGAAAGACUACCCUAAGCCAGCGAUCAACGGCCUGCCACCCACUCCUAAAGUCCUGAUGGGAGCCUGUUUCUCCAAGGUGUUUGAUGGCUGUCCACUGAAAAUCAACUGUGCCACGUCGUGGAUACACCCAGAUACCAAAGACCAAUACCUUAUAUUUGGGACAGAGGAUGGGAUCUAUACCCUCAACCUGAAUGAGCUGCAUGAAGCCACCAUGGAACAGCUGUUCCCCAGGAAGUGUACCUGGCUCUACAUCAUCAACAACAACCUGAUGUCUCUGUCAGAAAGUGAAAAAGGAAAGACCUUCCAGCUGUACUCUCACAACCUGAUUGGGCUGUUUGAGCAGCUGAAGAAACCUGGCCUCGCCUCUCAGUUCCAGACACACCGCUUCCCAGACAAGAUCUUACCUAGGAGGUUUGCCUUGACCACCAAGAUCCCGGACACAAAGGGCUGUCACAAGUGCUGCAUUGUGAGGAACCCCUAUACGGGCCAUAAGUACCUGUGUGGAGCGCUGCAGUCUGGGAUAGUCCUGCUACAGUGGUACGAGCCUAUGCAGAGGUUCAUGCUCAUCAAGCACUUUGACUUCCCCCUACCCAGCCCCCUGAAGGUGUUUGAGAUGUUGGUGGUUCCAGAGCAGGAAUACCCCAUGGUGUGUAUAGCUGUCAGCCAGGCCACGGAGCCAGGCCAGGUGGUUCGCUUUGAGACCAUCAACCUCAACUCCUGCUCUUCCUGGUUCACUGAGAUGGGAUCAACUGGCCAAGCAGUGGAUGCCAUCCAUGUGACCCAGCUGGAGAGGGACACCGUGCUCGUGUGCCUGGACAAAAAUCUAAAGAUCGUGAACCUCAUGGGAAGAUUAAAGUCCAACAAGAAGCUAGCCUCGGAGCUCAGCUUUGACUUCGCCAUUGGAUCCGUUGUGUGCCUUCAGGACAGUGUUCUGGCCUUCUGGAAGCACGGCAUGCAGGGAAAGAGCUUCAAGUCCAACGAGGUCACCCAGGAGAUUUCUGAUCCCAGCCGAGUCUUCCGUCUCCUCGGAUCUGACAGGGUGGUGGUUCUGGAGAGCCGGCCCACUGACAACCCCACAGCCCUCAGCAACCUCUACAUCCUGGCCGGACAUGAGAACAGUUACUAGCCCCUUAACCGUGUUACCAGCUCCUAGCUCUGACCCAGUGACUCCACACAGAGGGAGGGGGGGGGGGGGGGCACCUACAGACCCAUUGGAUUAGGUGAAGAAUUAGCAGGAAGUGGAUAAACUCACAGCAGUCCACUUCCCUCAGCAGGCUCUCAUACCGCCUGGACUCAUGGUACAACCACAGAGAGAACAAUGAGACAGAUAUUUCAUUGGAUGGAUGAAAUGUGAAGCAUCCGGGGUUAGCGUUUUCACACACUACCAAAUAUGGUAGUGAGAGGAAGUCCACUAGGCGGUCGAUGGGAGAAGAUGGAACGAGAUGGAUUUUGACCGACAUUCUGCAAAUCUUCUCAUCAAUGAAACAUUUGAUCACAAUACAGUAGUUUUCUGUUCCCAAAACUAGAAUCUGUUACGAUACGGAACAGAUUAAUUUUUGUAGACUUUACCCUUUUGCAAAUGUGUUUUUAAUUUUUUUUUUAUCAUGCUGUUACAAGGAGUGCAAAGGUGAAUUGGGUUAUUGCACAUUUCACAGAGUUAGGUGUUCCCUAACGGAAAUAUGUAGAUGUAUACUAGAAGGCGCCAAUAGGCUCCUGCUAUCUCGUGCUUGGCUCUGCCCACUAUGACUCAUUUGUUCCCAUUGGAAACGACAAGCUGUGGUCUAUCUUGGUUUAGUGAUAAAAAAAAUCUUUGUUUGAACUGUGUCACCAAACCCAGGAAGUAGUUAGUGAAUACAGAAACAACAGGUCAUCAACCAACAGGUCAGACAAGGGGACU